UUUUCUUCCCAGAAUCACAACCCAGAAAAGGAGAGAGAAGGUCUUCUAAGUUAUUAUAGCUUCUAAGUCAAGAUCGAUCAGCUAGCUGGCUAGAUACCUAGGGUUUUUGCUAUUCAUUCACUGUUCAUCUAUAAUUUCGAUUGUAGAGAUCGAUUGACCAUGGUUUUCUUUUUCUCUCUCUAGAAUCCUGAUGAUACAUAUUUUCCAGAGAUAGAGGAGGAGGAAGAGCAAAAUCAGCGAAAGUGGACUGAUCAUCGUAUCAAGAUCUUCAAUAUUCUUAUUAUUAGUCUUUCUUCAGCUUCCACUCCACGGAAGAUGGAAUUCUGAGAAAAGUAUAUAGCAGAAACUAGAUUGCAGAUUGAAGAUAGAGAUCAUGGAAGGAAGAAACGAAGGCUCGGAAUGCUCCAAAACAAGCCCUUCUGGUUAUAAUAAUUUCAACGAAUUAGAAGAAGCGUGCGAGAGCGAGAGCAAGACGAAUGAAGAAGAAGAAGAAGAAGAAGUUAAGAAAAAUAUGAACAAUAAUGGAGGAAGCUCAAGCAAUAGCACAGUGGAAGAGACGACGGAGAAGAAGCCGUCGGUGAGGCCUUAUGUGAGAUCGAAGAUGCCAAGGCUCCGAUGGACUCCUGAUCUUCAUCUUCGCUUUGUUCACGCCGUUCAAAGGCUUGGAGGAGAAGAGAGAGCAACACCAAAGUUGGUUCUCCAAUUAAUGAACAUCAAAGGCUUGAGUAUUGCUCAUGUUAAGAGUCAUUUACAGAUGUAUAGGAGCAAGAAGGUAGAUGAUCCAAGCCAAGUAUUGGCUGAUCAUAGGCACCUUGUAGAAAGUGGAGACAGGAAUAUCUACAAUCUCAGCCAAAUUCCCAUGCUUCAAGGUUAUAAUCCCUCCCAAAGUUCAACCUUCAGAUAUGGAUAUGGGGAAGCUUCUUUGGGUGUGUAUGACCAAAUGGUUCACAGCCCUUUCAUGGGUCGGAGUCUGAUUGAUCAUGAAGCCGGGUCGUCUGGGUUUCACGGCAUUUUCAAGGUGGACCCUUCAAAUUUUCUGAAGCAAUCAUCGUCAACAAACAAAAUCUAUGAGCCAAAAGAAAAUCAUCAAGUUCUCUCAUUUGGUGGCCACCACGAAUCCAUAUACAAUGGAACCAGAUUGAACCAGAAAAACACUGAUCUAAACUCAUUCACCCUUAUAGGAGCCACAAGAACAACAGAAGAACGGCUUCUUCCUAUUAUGAAGGAUCAACAGGAUCAAACAAAGACGCUGAAAAGAAGGGCUUAUGAUCAUAUGGAUCAGCUUCAUCAUGAUCAUCUCGAUUUGGAUCUAUCACUGAAGUUAAAUUCAAGGGUUGAUAUUGAUAAUGCACAGAAGAAGAACCGUUUGGAAGAGAAUGAUGAAAUCGAUAGUAAUCUCUCACUGUCUUUGUAUUCUCAAAUUUCCUCGUUUUCUGAUACUAAUAAUAAUGCUAGGAACAGCUCAAAGGAAGGAAAACAGAGUGAUAAGGAGAAAGCAAGGAGGGAAAGGGCCAGUACACUGGAUCUGACUAUAUGAAUAAGACAAAUUCUAAGUGAGAUCUUGAGGUACUUGUCCAAAACGAUGCAUUAUUACUAAUUUUUACGACUAUUUUCUAAUAUUCAUGUGACAACUAUAUAUAUAUUUUUCUUUUUCUUUCCUCAUCUUUUGUAUAUGGAAUCGUCGUUAUCAAUUAGUUAUGAUCAGGUAUUUAUUAUGAUAGAAUCAUAUACCAUAAAUAAAAAUAACCUUUUGUUUUAAGAUCCCGCAAUUAAGUAUUGAAUUGUG